CGCGUGUGUAACCCCCCUCCCCUCAAUGGCGGAUACGGUAGCCAUGUUGUUGUAGCAAAACUGCAGACGAAUUUCGUCGCUGUCGACACUAGUGACUUCUGCUCAUCUACCAGUUCGAAGUGCUCGUCCAUUUUGCUUCUCGUCACAACCGUCGUUUUGUGGAGGACAACAUGAGUGGCGGGACGCCGUACCUCGGCAGUAAAAUCAGCCUCAUCUCGAAGGCCGAGAUCCGCUACGAAGGGAUUUUGUACACCAUCGACACCGAGAACUCCACGGUGGCUUUAGCUAAAGUGCGUUCCUUCGGUACUGAAGACCGGCCCACUGACAGGCCCAUCCCGCCUCGCGAUGACACCUUUGAGUACAUCAUCUUUCGAGGAAGCGACAUCAAGGAUCUGACAGUGUGCGAGCCCCCAAAGCCCACAAGCUCCUUCCCCCAGGACCCAGCCAUCGUCCAGUCCUCCAUAAGUUCCACUCCAUCAUCCUCGGCCGCUGUGCUUCCCAACGCCUUCCCGUCUGCAACUUCCUAUGGACUCUUCAACCGCGCCCCGCUUUCCUCCUACAACCAGUUUAACACCAGCACCCUAGUCGCCCCUCAAUAUGGAGGCGUCGGACGCAGCAGCCCACCUCCAGAUCCUGUGAAGAAGAGCGCCCCCAUUGUGGAACAGGUGAGAAAAUCUGCUCCAAGCACUGCCACGGCUGCCGUACCUGCCAUCCCAAGCCUGGGUCGCCGUAGCCCCGCCCAGACUCGUACGGCUCCUCCCACUUUGACUCAAAGCACUGGAAGGACUCCACAGCAGGACCUUGUGGACCCGAGGAGGGCACACGCUAACCGUAGGGGAAGAGGGGGCGGACACCGAGGAAGGGGCCGCUUCAACGUGCGACGUGACGGUGCCGUCAAGUUUGAGAAGGACUUUGACUUUGAGAGCGCCAACGCCCAAUUCAACAAGGAGGACAUUGAACGGGAGUUUCAGAGCAAGCUGAAGAUAAAAGACGACAAGUCGGAGCAGGCGGUGAACGGCGAAGAGAAAGGCGAGUCCAGCGUUGAGACACAGAACGACACGAGCAACGCGCAUGAAGAGGGUGACACGCUCGGUCCGAACUGCUUUUACGACAAGACCAAGUCCUUCUUUGACAACAUCUCAUGUGACGACAGCAGAAAAGCCAACGACAGGUGUGGAGGCAGCGUUUUCCCGAGAGAGCGUCGGAAGACUUGGGCGGAGGAGAGGCGAAUGAAUGCGGAGACUUUUGGCGUCCCCUUUCGUCACGGUCAGGGCCAUGGGGGUUAUCGUGGUCGCGGCUUCUCAGGCUUCCGUGGAAGUCGUGGCCGUUCGUCUAGCCGGGGCUCCUUCGCGCCGCCACAAGGCUUCAGAGGCGGAUACCGUGGAAACAGCCAGGCCGGGCGGGAGUUUGCCGACCUAUCAGCAUACAGGAAGGACAACAAAGUGGCGGCGUAGCGGCGAGGAGGAAAGUCGUCACGUUUUUGUCACCAGCACUGGUUCACUUACAAUGUGGCGUUUUCUGAGCUCAACCUUUGAUAAGAUUUUCUUAGCUGUCCAGGCCCGUGCUUUAUUUGGGGAGAUGUGGUAUUUUUUCUACGAGACGUCACGUAGCCUUUCGCUUGCCUGUGCUCCGCUCGUUCCUGCCGUCUGAAGUCCUCCUCAGCUUCAUCUCGUUCCAGCUCCUCACAUUAAAAUGUGCUCGUUUCGCCUCCUAAUUCCGACACGUUUUGACCUUUAAAGUACAAUUUAGCGCCCCAAAGAUACAAGAUUACACUUGCACUAUUCUAGCAGCAGGGGGCCCCAGCGUUGUCAUCAGGGAUGAGCAAAUUAUGUGAUCAUUUGUUCUCUUCACAUGGCAUAAUCGCACUUCAGUUAACUGCCAACUUUAACUUUUGCUAAACGUUCUGUAAUUAGUAAGAUGAAGUGUCAUUAAAGUAACAGUAAGACACCAAG